AAGGUGACCUAACGGAUGGCGGGAGCGCCCGCCCGAUCUUCGGCGCGGGAGCGGCCAUUGGUGACGCACGCCGGGGAGCACGGCGCCCACGUUUCCACCAUUACAUUAGCGAGGCCCCACACCCUGCGCUCUAAGUUCGGGGCUGCGGGCGUCCUCGCUUCCUCCCUCCCGGAGGCGGGCCCGACCCCGCCCCCGCGCCCCGGAUCGCUCCCGGCGGUCCCUCCCACCUCCUACCCUCGGCCUCCCGGGCGCGGCGCACUCCCCGCCGGCCGCAGCCUGACACGCCGCACGGCCCCCCAGUCUCCCGUGGCCGCCUCCCCCAGGCAUGGCACAGGGCCUCGCCUCACUAUGGCAGCAGCACGGCACAGCACGCUCGACUUCAUGCUCGGCGCCAAAGCUGAUGGUGAGACCAUUCUAAAAGGCCUCCAGUCCAUUUUCCAGGAGCAAGGGAUGACGGAGUCGGUGCACACCUGGCAAGACCAUGGUUAUUUAGCGACCUACAUAAACAAAAACGGCAGUUUUGCCAAUUUGAGAAUUUACCCACAUGGACUGGUGUUAUUGGACCUUCAGAGUUAUGAUGGUGAUUCACAAGGCCAAGAAGUUGACAGUCUUCUGAACAAAGUAGAAGAAAGAAUGAAAGAAUUGAGUCGGGACAGUACUGGACGGGUGAAGCGAUUACCACCCAUAGUUCGAGGAGGGGCCAUCGACAGAUACUGGCCCACUGCUGAUGGUCGCCUGGUUGAGUAUGACAUAGAUGAAGUGGUGUAUGAUGAAGAUUCACCUUAUCAGAACAUUAAAAUUCUACACUCAAAGCAAUUUGGAAACAUUCUCAUCCUUAGUGGGGAUGUUAAUCUGGCGGAGAGUGAUUUGGCGUAUACCCAGGCCAUCAUGGGCAGUGGAAAAGAAGACUACAGUGGCAAAGACGUGCUCAUUCUAGGGGGCGGAGAUGGGGGCAUAUUAUGUGAAAUAGUCAAACUGAAACCAAAGAUGGUCACUAUGGUAGAGAUUGACCAAAUGGUGAUUGAUGGAUGUAAGAAAUACAUGCGAAAAACAUGUGGCGACGUCUUAGACAAUCUUAAAGGAGACUGCUAUCAGGUUCUAAUAGAAGACUGUAUUCCAGUACUGAAGAGGUACGCCAAAGAAGGGAGAGAGUUUGAUUAUGUGAUUAAUGAUUUGACAGCUGUUCCAAUCUCCACAUCUCCAGAAGAAGAUUCUACAUGGGAGUUUCUCAGACUGAUUCUUGACCUCUCGAUGAAAGUACUGAAACCGGAUGGGAAGUAUUUUACACAGGGUAACUGUGUCAAUUUGACAGAAGCCUUGUCGCUCUAUGAAGAACAGCUUGGGCGCCUGUAUUGUCCUGUGGAAUUCUCAAAGGAGAUCGUCUGUGUUCCUUCAUACUUGGAAUUGUGGGUAUUUUACACUGUUUGGAAGAAAGCUAACCCUUGAAGACCGUUGUCCCCAAUCGUGUGUGCUGCAAAUAGCCUUCCUGACCUUCAUAUGCUGUACAUGACAUCGAAAGGAGUCAGGCAAUUGAUUGUGAAUUCCUUCAAGUUUUCUUUUCUUUUUAAUUAUUAUUCUUAAUUUAAAAAAAGCAAAUGGAAAAUGUAUAUUUUGAUGAGCUAGGGUGUUAUUUUUUUUGAAAGUCAGCUGAAGGAUGAUUAGACAGCACAGCGAAGGCUGCUAAAUGCACUGAACCCCUAGAAUGUGAUUUUUGUUACUUUCUUUUGUGUGUGUGGGCUUUUUAUUUUUGUUUUGGUAGACUUCAAAUUUGGUUGUUUGGAGGAAUGAACAUCAUUGUUUUUGUUCUGGAGGGAAGUUCUUGAUGUUUUUUUCCCAGAAAAUUGACUUAGUUAUUAAAAUUUGGUGCUUAUAAGAAAGAGUUAAGAAAAAAUGAAUAGCAAUGCUUCAAUUAAAAUUAUAAAUGAGAAAUUUCAUGUGUUUGUUGUUUUAUUUCAGCCAGGUCCCCACUUUCUCACUGCUGAUCUCACAGAACAAAGGUGUCUCCUGAUCUUUUUUAGUUCUUUUCUAUCACUCAGUGCCAUUUAUCUCUAUAACAGGAUGGCCUUAGGGCCUUUGUUUGAACAGUAGUAAUGACUUCAUUUACCCCCAUGGUAAAUGAUAUACAACCUAUUACAUUCACCAGUUCUUCAUUAUAAAAUUGACCUGAGGAUAGGAAAAGAUUUGGUCUUACUGGAAAGUUGAAAGUCAGAAGCUUAUUUCUGUUCCCAUUCUUAUUGGUGUAUUAGAUGUGGAAACAGAGCAUUUUGGAUUGCUGCUGUAAAACUUUUUAAGAAGGAUUUUAGAUGCACAGAUAGAUGAGAGUUUGUAGAGGCCUGCAAUGAGAGCGGCAUAAACUCAGUAAGGAAGUGCAGGCAGCUAACAGCUUGUAAAGUGUAUUUGUGGAUAAGAAUCCACAUCAAAGGUGAAGGUACACUGACUUGGAUUAUUAGACAUCAAUGGUUAUUCUGUUCUUUUUAUAACAGCUUUAUGUUUUAUCAAGGCAUUGUGUUCAUUUAUGGUGAAUUUGCAGUGAGGAAAGCAUUAAAAAUUGAAAUAUUCAGUGUGUGUUUUGAGAGAAUUAGUGUCAACCCAGAACAUUCUUCCUCCCAAGAUAGGUUUCUCUGACAGAUACUCUUUUUUUUUUUUUAAUAGUUUUGUUUUGAUUUUAUUUUUUUAGGAUUUUAUUUUUAAGUAAUCUCUACGCCCAACGUGGGAAUUGAACUCACAAUCCCGAGAUCAAGAGUUGCUGCCAGGCACCCCUCUAACAGAUAUUCUUUAAAAAAUGAGUGCAUGCCUGCUUUUCUUUUUGAUUGGAUUGGCACGGAGAGAAACAAUAAUGGAAUAAAGGGAGAGUUUGUCAUGUUGGAACUAGACUGGCUUUCAGCAAAUAUUUUUCUUGUGCAUUGAGCUUUUAUAAAAAGCAUUGGUAGACAGUCCUACCUACUCCCUCAAAUUCUUCUGUAAUGUUUUGCAAAGGCUUUGUACUUGUAUACCGUGUGAGAUUAAAAAUGGUGGUAUUAUUACUGUUAGAACACCACUUUGGCUUAACAGAUUGGAUUUUUUUCAAAGAAACCAAGUCUGUCUGCUAUCUGGUUAUAGUGUUACUAAUAAGUCAGCAUAAUUUUAUACUUGAAGGCUAGCUUCGUGCAGAGGCUAAACCCUGUGAUGAGUCUGAUGACACACAUGUACCGCCAAGAGCUGAGAGUUAGAACUGACCCGGACCAGGCUGUGGCAGACGUCAGAGAUACAUUCGCGAGAGAGUAAAGGGUGUGGGGUGGGAGGAGGAAGGAAAGGAGAUUUUUACUUGGGGUGAUAAUGGUAGAUUCUGACCCUGCUUGUUUCUUUGUAUUGGAGAAAGGAUGAUGCCUGACUGUUUUUGAACAUCUUUGUAAUUGUUUAAAAUGAAGCAUGCAAACUGAUCUCUGAUAGCCAAAAACAACCUGUACUUUAGCUGCAUUUUAAGGAAAUACUAUACAAUAUUAAGUUAUUUUAUGUUAAUGGCUGUUGUGUUUUAUAUAAUCUAUAGGUAAUCUAAAAGAAUACUGUUGUAUCAUACAGCCACUUUUCAAUUAAAGACAAAUAUUGGCUGUGUAAUCUAAAUUCCAUUCAACACAUUAGCAGAUAUCAAGAAUUGGUUUAUUUUAUUUUUAGUGUUUAUUUUGAGAGAGAGAAAGAGAGUGAGCGGGGAGAGGGGCAAGGAGAGGGGGAGAGACAAUCCCAAGCAGGCUCCAUGCUGUCUGUGUAGAGCCUGGCGUGGGUUUGAUCCCACAAACGGUGAGAUUCUGACUAUGGUGAAACCAAGAGUCAGAGGCUUAACCGACCGAGCCACCCAGGUGCCCCUGGUUUAUUUUAAAAAAUGGUGCUCGGGGCGCCUGGGUGGCUUGGUCGGUUAAGCGUCCGACUUCGGCUCAGGUCAUGAUCUCACGGUCCGUGAGUUCAAGCCCCACGUCGGGCUCUGUGCUGACAGCUCAGAGCCUGGAGCCUGUUUCAGAUUCUGUGUCUCCCUCUCUCUCUGCUCCUCCCCUGUUCGUGCUCUGUCUCUCUCGGUCUCAAAAAUAAAUAAACGUUAAAAAAAUUAAAAAAAAAAAUAAAAAAUGGUGCUUUCUCCUAAAAAUGUGAUUGAGAAUUUAAAACACUUGAUUAAUGGCUGAAGGAAGGCUGGGUUAACAGUGUUUUUCCUGGGUGCGAGCAGUACUGAUGUCAAAAUAAAAACGUGCCUUCCAUUUGCUGCACAGUUGAAUUGUCACCUCCUUGCUUGCAUUAACUAUGGUAAGCUCCAGUGGUCUCAGAUUGAUGGAUUUUGUUCUGUUCCCAUGGUUCCUGGGUUAGGGUGAAGGGUGUGUGUGAUGUUCCACAUCAUUGGCCUGUGUUGGGGACUUGAGAGCAGUGCUACUCACAGCGUGGUCCUUCAACCAUUUCUUUGUUUUUUGAGUAUUUUGUUUAAUUCAGCUGAACGUCUUGUUCCAAGCAAGACCUCAGUGAAGGAAGCUGUAUGCUGAUUUACACUGUAGCUGUGCUUCUUCCCUAGUUUGGAAUAGCACUUUGAGUGGCACUGUUCUAGAGGCUAGUUGGACAGCAUUAUUUGAUAGGAGCUGCUAUGUGUGGUCGUGAAGAGACACUUAACCUCUUUCUGUUUCCUGUUGCUAGGUGUCUGUGCUAAAUAAUCUUUUGUAUUGCUAUGCUUUGGGCUAAUACACCACUUUUAUUUACAUUAUCUUGCCCACUUUUUUGUUUUUAGGUUUUAUUUUUGAGAGUGCCAGAGCGAGUGGGGGAGGGGCAGAGAAGGAGAAAGGGUCCCAAGCAGGCUCUGCCCUGCUAGCAGGGCUUGACCCAUGAACCGCGAGAUCAUGACCUGAGCCUAAACUAAGAGUCAGAUGCUUAACCAACUCAGCCACCCAGGCGCCCCUGUCUUGCUCAGUUUUAAAAUAAUUUUGUGAAUUCAGUGUCAGUAUCACUGAGUAGGCAGCAAUCAUAAUUUUCAGUGUGUCCCAGAGGUCCCAUAGCUAGUCACAAUUUGAAUCUAGGUUCUAGCGUUCUGAGCCUGCGACAGUGGUUCUUAACCCUUUUUUUGUACCUUGGAUUCAUUUGGUAGCUUGAUUAAACCUGUGAACCCUUCCUCAGAAACUUGGUUUUUAAUAUGUAAAGUAGAUACGAUUAUAAGGAAACAAGUGAUACUGUCUUUUAAAAAUUUAUGACUUAACAUUUGUGCUUUAAUAACUUGUUACAUAGGUGAGUGUAGUGGUGGAUCAGAUACCAUGAUUUUGGAGUAGUAAUGAAUAUAAUUAUCUGCAGCAACUGAAAUGUGGUUAAGAAUGCAUCUGAUUUCUCUGGUUGACAAAGUCCUAGGUACUGCCAGUACUAAUAUGGCUUGUCACCUACACUGGUACUUAAAGGAAGUGCUAAAUUUCAGUUAGAGG